CUAGGGUUUUCCGCAGUCUUAUCCCUUCGCAUCGCACAACUCUCUUAGCCGCCUCCGUCCUUGCCCUAGCCCCCCGGCGCCGCCAUGGCCGACGACCACUACUCCUCCAAGCGCAAGUACGACGACCCGUCGCCGCCGCCGCGCCGCACUGGAUUUUCCUCCGGUCCUCCGCCCGCCUCGCCGCCUGCAGGCGGCGCCCCCGUGCCGUCGUCAUACAAUAGCGUGCCGCCACCUCCAGACGAGAUCCAGCUCGCGAAGCAGCGGGCGCAGGAGAUCGCAGCUAGGAUCUUCAGCGCCGCAGAGGCGAAGCGCCCCCGCGUCGACAACGGCGACGACGACGUCGGCGCCGGCGCUGGUGGAGGUUCCCUUGGCGGUGGCGGCCGUAUCGGCGGCGGCGGUCUCGGCUUCUCGUCCUCGGCCGGUGGUGGGCAUGGGUCUAGCAUCCCGCCUUUAUCUUCGCAAGGGAGCACACAUCAGUACUCCUCGUACGGUGGAUACCAGAGUGGCAGUACAACAAAAAAAAUUGAUAUCCCAAACGGAAGGGUUGGUGUUAUCAUUGGAAAAUCUGGCGAAACUAUAAAGCAUCUCCAACUUCAGUCAGGCGCAAAGAUCCAAGUAACAAGGGACAUGGAUGUUCAACCUGGCUCACAGACCAGAUCUGUCGAUCUUUCAGGCACUCCUGAGCAGAUAAGCAGAGCUGAGGAGUUGAUACGUGAUGUUCUGGCAGAGGCUGAUGCUGGUUCAUCAGGCACUGUGUCUAACAGGAAAUACAAUGCACCUCAACCUGGUGCAGAGCAAUUCCAAAUGCAAAUUGCUAACAACAAGGUGGGUUUAGUUAUUGGUAAGGGUGGUGAGACUAUAAAAUCCAUGCAGGCAAAAUCUGGAGCUCGUAUACAGGUCAUUCCUUUGCAUUUGCCCCCUGGUGAUACUUCAACUGAAAGAACACUGUAUAUUGAUGGCACCACAGAUCAGAUUGAAAUUGCAAAGCAGCUCGUGGCUGAGGUUACCAGUGAGAAUCGUGCAAGAAACCCAAUGUCAGGUGGCUAUUCUCAGCAGGGCUAUCGCCCUCCUCGUCCUCAGGGGAACUGGGGUGCUGGUGCGCCACCAACGCAGCAGCCUGGUUAUGGUUACAUGCAACCUGGAGCAUAUCCUGGUGCUCCCCCACAGUAUGGCCAGCCACCUUAUGGUGGGUAUCCUCCAGCAUCUGGAGGUUAUCAGACAGGGUGGGAUCAAUCAUCAAACCAGCAAUCUCAACAGACCCCCCCUGGCACUGGCUAUGACUACUAUAACCAACAGCAGCAGCCCCAACAGCAACAAUCUGCUCCUGGAACUGCUGCACCUACUGAGGCUAGUAGCUACAAUUACAGCCAGCCUGCCACUUAUGCCUCACAAGGUUAUGGCGAUUCUACCUACUCUCAGCAGAGCGGUGGGCAGCAAGCUUAUGAUUACUCUGCUUAUCAGAACCAAGGGCAGCAGCAGCAGGCGUACUCUCAGCAGACUGGUUAUGAUCAGCAAAGCUAUGGCGCAACUGGCUAUGGAUCAGCUGCUAACUCAACACAGGAGGGUUCCGCUCCAAGCUAUGGUGGUCCAGGUGGGGCAGGUGGGGCUACUCAAGUAUCUCCGGGGCAACAAGCUUCAACUCCAGCUACUGGAAGCCACCCUGGUUAUUCUAGCCAACCACCUACUAGUGCUGCAGCAAGCUAUCCGGCUCAAGGUUCUGCCCCUCAAUCUGGAUAUGUCGCUCCACAGACACAGCCUGGCUAUGGUACCCAGGGCCCGCCACAGGGUGGCGGGUAUGGUCAGGGUGCUUAUGGGCAGUCUCCUCAGGGUCAGAAACCACCUGCAUCUGCUCCUUAUGGACAGGCACCACCUGCUGGAUCUUCUCAGGCUGGUUAUGGGCAGUAUGGUUACAGCCAGCCAGGCUAUGGUGCACCACCGCCUUACCCUGGUGCACCACCUGCGAGCCACCCAGGCUAUGGCCAGCAGCAGUUAUAUGCUGAUCCUUAUGGUACUGGUAGCUAUGGGCAGCAUACGGCGUAUUCUACUGAAGCUACCGCACCUGCUGCAUCCCAGGAUCAAUCCGCCGCUGCACCUGUACCGACGGCUGCAACUGCUGCUCCUGCCCCUGAUAACGGUGGUGGUGCGCAAGCUUCUCCAAGUUAAACUACACCUGCUCCUGCCUCAGCUACAUCUGCAAUCUUUUAUUGGCUCUGUUACAUCGUAUUAUCAUUUUAAUUGUUGCUUUAGCCUGGACUUCGGUUAUGUCUUUCUCUGGUAAUGUUAGUAUUGUGUUAUGUUUACUUUGUUUUCUUGUGGACAGCAAUACUUUGUGCUUGUGUUAUCGCUCUUGCAUAUUAUGCUCUAGUGUAUUGGUGUUGUCACUGAACACCCGUUAAAAAAUGCAAACUGAACUCUGUUUUCAUUCAUCAA